CGAACGGGGGUUGAUUCUGCUCACAGAACUGCAGGGGGACUCCCGAAGUCUUCCAUUUUCUGAGAAUGUGAGUGCUGUUCAAAUAUUAGACUUUUCAGAUACAAUGGUGCAGCAGAAAUUGGAUGAUAUCAAGGAUCGAAUUAAGAGAGAAAUAAGGAAAGAACUGAAAAUCAAAGAAGGAGCUGAAAAUCUGAGGAAAGUCACAACAGAUAAAAAAAGCUUGGCUUAUGUAGACAACAUUUUGAAAAAAUCAAAUAAAAAAUUAGAAGAACUACAUCACGAGCUGCAGGAAUUAAAUGCACAUAUUGUUGUAUCAGAUCCAGAAGAGGUUACCUUUUUUAAUCCAGUUAUUGAAAGAAGACCAAAACUUCAAAAACAAAAGAAAAUUUUUUCAAAGCAACAAGGCAAAAGAUUUCUCAAAAUUCCUCAAAUGAAUAUUAAUAUUGCCACUUGGGGAAGGCCAGUAAGAAGAGUUAGUCCUACAGUAAAACAUUCUGGCACCUUCAGCCCUCAAGAUCCUGUGCCUACUACAGUGCCAGUGGUUGAAGUACACAUCCCUAAACUAGCACCUCCAGCUAGUGAUUCUAUAGUAACCAAAUUGGACUUUGAUCUUGAGCCUGAACCUCCUCCAUCCCCACCACGAGCUUCUUCCCUUGGAGAAAUAGAUGAAUCUUCUGAAUUAAGAGUUUUGGAUACACCAGGACAGGAUUCAGAGACUGCUUUUGAUACUGAGAAUGACAGAAAUACUAUGCUUCCAAAAUCUCAAUCUGAAUACAAGCCUGAUACUCCUCAGUCAGGCCUAGAAUAUAGCGGUAUUCAAGAACUUGAGGAUAGAAGAUGUCAGCAAAGGUUUCAGUGUAAUCUACAAGAUUUCAGGUGUUAUGCUGUCUUGGGAAGAGGAAAUUUUGGAAAGGUGCUUUUAGCUGAAUAUAAACACACAAAUGAGAUGUUUGCUAUAAAAGCCUUAAAGAAAGGAGAUAUUGUGGCUCGACAUGAAGUAGACAGCCUGAUGUGUGAAAAAAGAAUUUUUGAAACUGUGAAUAGUGUAAGGCAUCCCUUUUUGGUGAACCUUUUUGCAUGUUUCCAAACCAAAGAGCAUGUUUGCUUUGUAAUGGAAUACGCUGCCGGUGGGGACUUAUUGAUGCACAUUAAUACUGGUGUCUUUUCUGAACCAAGAGCUGUAUUUUAUGCUGCUUGUAUAGUUCUUGGGUUGCAGUAUUUACAUGAACACAAAAUUGCUCAUAGAGAUUUGAAAUUGGAAAACUUAUUGCUAGAUACAGAGGGCUUUGUGAAAAUUGCUGAUUUUGGUCUUUGCAAACAAGGAAUGGGAUAUGGAGAUAGAACAAGCACAUUUUGUGGCAAUGCUGAAUGUCUUGCCCCAGAAGUAUUAACAGAAACUUCUUAUACAAGGGCUGUAGAUUGGUGGGGCCUUGGCGUGCUUAUAUAUGAAAUGCUUGUUGGUAAGCCUCCCUUUCCUGGUGAUGAUGAAGAGAAAGUUUUUGACAGUAUUGUAAAUGAUGAAGUAAGGUUUCCAAGGUCCUUAUCUACAGAAGCCACUUCUAUAAUGAGAAGGCUGUUAAGAAGAAAUCCUGAGUUGCGCCUUGGGGCUAGCGAGAAAGAUGCAGCAGAUGUAAAAAAGCACCCAUUUUUCCAGCUAAUUGAUUGGCGCGCUCUGAUGGACAAAAAAGUAAAGCCACCAUUUAUACCUGCCAUAAAAGGACGAGAAGAUGUCAGUCAUUUUUCUGAUGAAUUUACCUCAAAAGCACCUAUUCUGACUCCACCUCAAGAACCAAGGAUACUUUCGGAAGAGGAGCAGGAAAUGUUCAGAGAUUUUGACUACACUGCUGAUUGGUGUUAAGUUGCUAGACUCUGCGAAACCAAGCUGACUGACUCCCAAGAAGACCUCUUAAAAAUAGCAACCCUUCAUUUGCUGUCUGUGCCACCAAUAGCUUCUGAAUUUUGUUUUGUUUUUUUUUUCUUAAUUGAAACACGUGAAGAUUUGUUUAAAAGUACCAUUCUAAUACUUCUUCAAAAGUGGCUUCUCAUUGUACUUCAGUGUAAAUAUGAGCACCGGGAACAGUUUCAUGGAGUUUAAGUUGAGUGAACAUCGGCCAUGAAAAUCCAUCACAAAUACUUUUGGAUCAAUAGUCUAUUUUAAAAAAGAAAGAAAAAACGCACUUUUUUAUAGUCCCUAGCUUUGCCAUAUGCCCGCCUUAAGUGGAAAGAAAAUUAAUCACUUAACUAUGUUUUACAAAAAGAAAAAAAGGGCUUGGAAUGCUAUUAUUGUUCACACAAAGUACGAUUCUGUUUGAAUAAGGCAAAUGCUCCUUUUUUUUAAAAAAGACGUUACUGUACUAUCAAAAAACACGGCAGUUUGUAUACAAUUUGAGGCUUGAUUUUUUUUAAAAAAAGAAUGAAUUGAUAUCUUAUUUUAUAAAUGUUCUAUAAUUAUUAGAAAACUUUAUAUUGCCUUUUUUAUCAACCAUGUAACAGAG